GUUGUUUUUUCCAGCAGUUCCCGCCAUGCGCCUAUAUGAAAGCAAAUUAAUGCUUGAUGCCCGGUCGAAAGCAUGCGGCGAUGCUGAACAGAGUGGAAUAGUCGAUGUCGAUGCUCUACUUUCGGACCCAAAGUUCAUACACUCUCUUCGCGAGCUGUGGUCGCAUAUUCCGGGAAAGACAAGACGAAGUAUCUGCUGCCGGCAAACAAAGCCUAGUCGGAGACAUCGGUCGUUCGAACCUCAGAAGCCAUAAAAAGCCAAAUAUAAGCCCCCCGCAGGAGUUCUGGGCCCGUAUACCCUCUUGGAUCAAGGAUCCGAAGCUAUUCUUUGAUGAGCAAGGACUUAUGCUAAGUUUGGAGGUUUCCCCUAUUGCUGGGAUCUACCAGUACCUUGACGGACUGGGUCUGCGGGGGAAGGUCGACAUUAUUCGUGCGCGCCUUGUGAAAAUAGUCUUCCACCGAUUGAAGGAAAGAUUAGGUCUGCGAUACAUUCGUUCUGACAAUAUCGACUAUUUGGUGAAAAUCAUUUCAAACUCGGGAUUUUCGGAUUUUGAUCCGAGUGACAUCAGACCGAAGAUCGUUAGAUGAAUAGAUCUAGGCAAGAAAAUCGAUGCAUUCUGUCAGAGUAUUGGGAGCUCUGGAGGCCACGAGAACUCCCACCUGGGCAACUUAUUUUGCCUACCGAAGGACUGCCAUGAUGAGUUCAUAAGAGUCUUAGG